AUGGCGGGCGUGGCGGCCAGGCUGGCCCGGGACCGGGAGGCGGCCGCGGGGCUGGGCUCGCACGAGCGGGCCGUCAAGUUCCUGAACCAGGACUACGAGGCGCUGCGGGCCGAGUGCCUGGAGGCCGGGCAGCUGUUCCAGGACCCGUCCUUCCCCGCCUGCCCCGGCGCGCUGGGCUUCCAGGAGCUGGGCCCGCGCUCCGCCAAGACGCAGGGCAUCGUGUGGAAGCGGCCCCCGGAGAUCUGCGAUGACCCCCAGUUUAUUGUCGGCGGAGCCACGCGCACAGACAUCUGCCAAGGAGCCCUGGGUGACUGCUGGCUGCUGGCAGCCAUCGCCUCCCUCACCUUGAACGAGGAAGUCCUGGCUCGGGUCGUCCCCUUAGACCAGAGCUUCCAGGAGAACUACGCCGGGAUCUUCCACUUCCAGUUCUGGCAGUACGGCGAGUGGGUGGACGUGGUGGUGGACGACAGGCUGCCCACCAAGAACGGGGAGCUGCUGUUCGUGCACUCGGCGGAGGGCAGCGAGUUCUGGAGCGCGCUGCUGGAGAAGGCCUACGCCAAGAUCAAUGGCUGCUACGAGGCGCUGUCGGGGGGCGCCACCACCGAGGGCUUUGAGGACUUCACGGGGGGCAUCGCCGAGUGGUACGAGCUGAGGAAGGCCCCGGCCGACCUGUUCCGCAUCAUCCAGAAGGCCCUGCAAAAGGGCUCCCUGCUGGGCUGCUCCAUCGACAUCACCAGCAUGGCGGACUCGGAGGCCGUCACGUACCAGAAGCUGGUGAAGGGGCACGCGUACUCGGUCACCGGCGCCGAGGAGGUGGAGAGCCGGGGCAGCCUGGAGAAGCUCGUCCGCAUCCGGAACCCCUGGGGAGAGGUGGAGUGGACCGGGAAGUGGAGCGACAACUGCCCGAACUGGAACACUGUGGACCCCGAGGUGAGGGAGCGGCUGACCAGGCGGCAGGAGGACGGAGAGUUCUGGAUGUCCUUCGGCGACUUCCUGCGGCAGUACUCCCGCCUGGAGAUCUGCAACCUCACUCCCGACACGCUCACGGCCGACAGCUACAAGAAGUGGAAGCUCACCAAGAUGGACGGCAACUGGCGGCGGGGCUCCACCGCGGGGGGCUGCCGGAACUACCCCAACACCUUCUGGAUGAACCCGCAGUACCUCAUCAAGCUGGAGGAGGAGGACGAGGACCAGGAGGACGGGGAGCGCGGCUGCACCUUCCUGGUGGGGCUCAUCCAGAAACACCGGCGGCAGCGGCGCAAGAUGGGCGAGGACAUGCACACCAUCGGCUUUGGCAUCUACGAGGUUCCGGAGGAGCUGCACGGACAGACCAGCAUCCACCUGAGCAAGAAGUUCUUUCUGACGACGCGGGCCCGGGAGCGCUCGGACACCUACAUCAACCUGCGGGAGGUGCUCAACCGCUUCAGGCUGCCGCCCGGCGAGUACGUGGUGGUGCCCUCCACCUUCGAGCCCAACAAGGACGGCGACUUCUGCCUGCGGGUCUUCUCCGAGAAGAAGGCCGACUACCAGGUUGUCGACGACGAGAUCGAGGGUGAUUUUGAAGAGCUCGAUGUCAGUGAGGACGACAUUGACGACGGAUUCCGGAGGCUGUUCGCCCAACUGGCUGGGGAGGAUGCGGAGAUCUCUGCCUUCGAGCUGCAGACCAUCCUGAGGCGGGUUCUCGCCAAGCGCCAAGAUAUCAAGUCCGAUGGCUUCAGCAUCGAGACCUGCAAGAUCAUGGUUGACAUGCUGGAUUCCGACGGCAGCGGCAAGCUGGGCCUGAAGGAGUUCUACGUGCUCUGGACGAAGAUCCAGAAGUACCAAAAAAUCUACCGGGAGAUUGACGUGGACAGGUCCGGCACCAUGAACUCCUACGAGAUGCGGAAAGCCUUAGAAGCAGCAGGUUUCAAGCUGCCCUGCCAGCUCCACCAGGUCAUCGUGGCUCGCUUCGCCGACGACGACCUCAUCAUCGACUUUGAUAACUUCGUCCGCUGUCUGAUCCGCCUGGAAACGCUCUUCAGAAUAUUUAAGCAGCUGGACCCCGAGAACACGGGAACCAUACAGCUGGACCUUAUCUCUUGGCUCUGCUUCUCAGUACUUUGA